GGCGGCUCGUUCAACUCCAGUUCUGUCCAGUCCUGUCAUCAAUGAACAAAACACGCUGGAUAUUUAUGUGCAGGAAAGGGAGUGGAGCACCAAUAAUCCUGCGGGCGGUCUUCACAAUCCUGUCUAGUUGGUGCCGUUCGUACGCCUUGCAGCUCCCAAACCAGGAAGUGAUGCCGCAGCAACUGAACGUCAACCGUCCGCGAAUGUUAAAGGAGAAAUGAUUGUCUUGGAGAAGACUUUAAAACUUGUUAUCACUGGUGAAGGACCGGAGACAGAGGCAGCUGAGUGAGAGAUGUUGCAUAUCUUAGAACGUGGGAAGAGCUUUAAUUCACUGGACAGCCAGAGAAGAGAUUCUUGAGUUCACAGGGAAGAGAAAGCAAACACAUCUUCUGUGUAUGCAUGACAUUUGGAUAAUCGACCGCCCAGAAGCAAUGAAUCCGUUUCGCCAUUCUAGCUGCAGGAAAACCGUUAAGCAAUCCAGUAAUCUGAUGAGAUGCCAGCGAGUUCACACUGGGGAGAGGCCAUUCAUCUGCUUUGACUGUGGGAAAGCAUUCACUUAUUCGUCCAACCUGCUGAGGCAUCAGUGGGUUCAUGCUGGGGAGAGGCUGUUCACCUGCCCGGUGUGCGGGAAGGGAUUCAUUCAGGAUGCCAAGCUGAAGAAACACGAGCAAGUUCAUGCCAAGGAAAGGCCGUUCACCUGCUCUGUGUGUGGGAAGGGAUUCCAGAAGUCAUCUCAGCUGGUGACCCAUCACCGAGUUCACACUGGAGGGAGAACUUUCUCCUGCUCCGAGUGCGGGAAGGGUUUUAGUCGCUCAUCUAGCGUGGUGAGACACCAGCGGAUCCACACUGGGGAGAAGCUGUUCGCCUGCUCCGAGUGUGGGAAAGGAUUCAACCAGUUAUCCCAGCUGCAGAUACACCAGCGGAUUCACACUGGGGAGAGGCCGUUCAUCUGCUCCAACUGUGGGAAGGGAUUCACUGAGUCAUCUUCCUUAUUGAUGCACCAGCGGAUUCACACCGGGGAGAGACCGUUCCCCUGCUCCGAGUGCGGGAGGCGGUUCACUCACUUAUCCAACCUGCAGACACACCAGCGGAUCCACACCGGGGAGAGGCCAUUCACUUGCACGCACUGUGGGAAGGGAUUCACUGAGUCGUCUUCCUUGUUGAUGCACCUUCGGAUUCACACUGGAGAGAGACCCUUCACGUGCUCUGACUGUGGGAGGGGAUUCGCUCAGCUGUCCAACCUGCUGACCCACCAGCUCAUUCACAGUGGGAAGAGGCCCUUCACCUGCUCCGAGUGCGGGAAAACAUUCAGUAAUUCAUACAACCUGCUGACGCACCAGCGGAUUCACACCGGGGAGAGGCCGUUCACCUGCGCCGAGUGCAGGAAGGGAUUCACUGACGCGUGCAAUCUGCUGAGACACCAGCGCGUCCACACCGGGGAGAGGCCAUUCACCUGCUCCGAGUGUGGGAAAGGAUUCACCGAGUCAUCAGCCCUGCUUAUGCACCAGCGGAUCCACACCGGUGAGAGGCCGUACACCUGCUCUGAGUGCGGGAAGGGGUUCACUCAGUUAUCCAACCUGCAGACACACCAGCGGAUUCACACAGGGGAGAGGCCCUUCGCCUGCUCAGAGUGUGGAAAAGGCUUCACUGACUCGUCCUCCUUGCUUAUGCACCAGCGGAUACACACCGGGGAGAGGCCGUACACCUGCAUGGAGUGUGGGAAGGGAUUUACUCAGCUAUCCAACCUACAGACGCACCAGCGAAUCCACACUGGAGAGAGGCCGUUCACCUGCUCCGAGUGCGGGAAGGCGUUCAGUCAUUCAUGCAAUUUGCAAACACACCAGCGCAUUCACACCGGGGAGAGGCCGUUCACCUGCUCCCACUGUGGGAAAGGAUUCACAGACGCAUCCAACCUAUUGACCCACCAGCGGGUCCACACCGGGGAGAGGCCGUUCAUCUGCUCUGACUGCGGGAAGGGCUUCACUGAUGCGUCCAACCUCUUGACCCACCAGCGGGUCCACACCGGGGAGAGACCUUUCUCCUGCUCCGAGUGCGGGAAGGGCUUCAGCCAGUCAUCCAACCUGGUGAUUCACCAGCGGAUCCACACCGAGGAGAGGCCGUUCUCCUGCUCCGACUGUGGGAAAGGAUUCAAUCAGUUAUCCAACCUGCACAGACAUCAGCAGAUUCACAGCGGGGAGAAGCUGUGCACCAGCUGAGUGCGAGGAGGGAGUCGAUGUUGCGUGCAACUUGUUGAUUCACCUGCGUAUUCAGGCCGUGGAAGAGUUGCCUACCCGCUCAGCAUAUUUAAAAGGAUUCACUCAGGAAGUUAAGCUGUAGAUAUGCCAGCAUGUUUAGACCAGGGAAAAGGUGGUUACCCUCAGUCCACCGUGACUGACGCGGUAACUCGCCUUCCCAUUCUCAUACUUUCCGACCUGGGCCUCCUCCACUGUCAGAGUGAGGCCAUAUGUAAAUUGGAGGAGAAGCACCUGAUGUCUUGCUUAGGCAGCUUACAACCCAGCGGUAUGAAAAUUGAAUUCUCUAAUUUCAUGUAACCCCUGCAUUCCUUCUUCCUCCUCCCCUUCCCAAUCCUAGUCGUCCUGCCAGUUCCAAUGUUCGGAUCUCUGGAGAAAAUGGAUGGGUGAUGUUUCAGGUUGGAACCCUUCUUCAGAGGGAGUACAGAGAAAGUUUAUCAGACUGAUUCCUGGCAUGUCAGGAUUUUCAUAUGAAGAAAGACUGGAUAGACUCGGCUUGUACUCGCUAGAAUUUAGAAGAUUAAGGGGGGAUCUUAUAGAAACUUAUAAAAUUCUUAAGGGGUUGGACAGGCUAGAUGCAGGAAGAUUGUUCCCGAUGUUGGGGAAGUCCAGAACAAGGGGUCACAGUUUAAGGAUAAGGGGGAAAUCUUUUAGGACCAAGAUGAGAAAAUCAUUUUUUACACAGAGGUGAAUCUGUGGAAUUCUCUGCCACAGAAGGUAGUUGAGGCCAGUUCAUUGGCUAUUUUUAAGAGGGAGUUAGAUGUGGCCCUUGUGGCUAAAGGGAUCAGGGGGGUAUGGAGAGAAGGCAGGGAUGGGAUACUAAGUUGGAUGUUCAGCCAUGAUCAUAUUGAAUGGCAGUGCAGGCUCGAAGGACCGAAUGGCCUACUGCUUCACCUAUUUUCUAUGUUUCUAUUGUAUCAGCAAAAUCACACUGGGGAUAAUUCACCUGCUCCAAGUGUGGGAGGGAUUCUCUCAGAUAUCUAAUCUACUCACACACCAGAGUCCACACCAAAGUUCAACGGUGCUCAAUGGUGGAAUAUUUAAACAGUGUAGCUGCGACACACCCAUCGCGCCCAGGAUGGGAAAUGUUUAGAGGGAUAUGAGCCAAAUGCCAGCGUGGGACUGGCAUAUGUGGGGCAUUUUGGUUGCAUGGACGAGUUGGUCUAAUGGGUCUGUUUCCGUGCUCCAAAACUCUCAUUGAACUCUGGUCACUGGCACAAUUGGGCUCUGUUUCUGCUGAUCUUAAAGACCCUUGUACUGUAAUUGAGCUGGAGUCUAAUAUUCUGGAUUCUGUGCAAAAUAAAUCGGUUCUAAUGUAAAUAUAGUGUCUUGAGUCCU